AUCUAUACACCCUUACUGAAACUGAUGCAAUAGCCAGACAACCUAAACCACCACCCAAACACCUUAGAAGAAUUCUGUUCCAGAACUUAAUUACAACCGGGUAAUUUCAGCUACCAUAGCCAGUCUACACACAGGACAGUUUAACCGGUUAACGCCCAGCGUCAUAUUUAGGACAGUUCCUUUUUUCAAGAAAAGAAGAUCAAAAUGGAAUUACCUGCUCUAGAUGUAAGCCAAUAAAAAAAAAAUUUCGUUUGCAGUAGUGUUAAAAUUUCACCAAAAGAGUUUAAACUGUAGCGAUGGAACGUUUGGAGGUGAAGAAAUUAAUGACUUUUUAAAAACUGCCGCGCAACAUAAGUGUAAGGUUGAAUACCAAGAAAAAUAACGCAGCGGCGAGCAGCUAUUAAAAAAUUACUACACAUACACAAUGGCGAAAAAGCGACACUUUCUGUGUAACAGCUCAGCUCAGACAGAAGGCCUGUCUGAGCAUAACCUACUAGAAGGUCAAGGCCUGCUGGCUCAACUAUUUCAACUCCGUGACGUCACGAGGAGAAGGUAAUAGCGUCUGUACCUUUAACGUAGGAACGCCAUUUAAAGCUCCAUUGAACACGUGAAUGUUGCAGCAGAAUUUCAUUUUUUAUCGAAGAUUUAAAGAGAUAUCAAAGCAGCCAGCAUGGUUUAUAUGUGUUGCGUCCCAAUGUGUCGAGGGAACUAUGAUGAAGAUCAUAAAGUUUCUGUGUUUCGUUUCCCUCAGGAUGCUGAAUUGCAGCAAUUGUGGUUGCGGAAAAUUCCAAGAAAGAACUACAAAAUAACUGCUCACUCAAGAGUAUGUGAAAAGCAUUUUCGUGCUGAGGAUAUAAGAAGAGAGGCCUCCCACUUUGAUGAAAGGACGGGAAGGCACAUUUCUUACACACUGGAUCGGCCUGUGCUGGAAAAAGAAGCAGUACCCUGCCUAUUCCAAAAUUGCCCUUCAUAUCUGUCCUCAGCUAGUUCUUCAAGAGAGAGUCCUUCAGCAAAAAAGCAAAAAAUUGAAGAACUUCAACUAGCUGAGGCAUUAAAAGCCAGUGAAGAGGCAGCAUGUUUGUAUGCUGAGACUAAUAGUUUUGACUCACUGUCAAAGCUGAAAAUGCUGCUAGGGGAUAAAGUUCUGCCAAAAAAUUGGCAUGCCCUUUUUAACGGGGAUAAACAGGUUAACUUUUUGAACUUUUCUGAUGAAGAUGUACCAAAUGUUUUAUAUGUUGUUACUGUUUAUGAUAAUUUAUGUUUACAUGUUAGUUUUAAAGGCCAGAAACUGCUAAAACAUGAUGGUAAAAAAUUACCUCUAGCUGUUGGCCAAAUAAAUGACAUUUUUGAUACAUUGGAACGUCUUGAGAAGCAGCAAAUUGAUUCGAAAGAUCCAAUUACUUAUUAUUUGGAAAUUGUUGAAUCUUUGUUGACUUCUUUGAAGGAUAUUGUUGAGGAUAAACAUAAGGUUUCCCUUGAUUUUAUUUUAGAGCAGUUGAAUUUUUUAAUGUGUAAGCCUGAGAGGUUUAGGUAUUCUUCUAAUACUCUAAUCCUCUCUUGCUUGUUAUUUUAUAUUUCCCCCCAAGCGUACAAAUUCUUGCGUCAGUCUGGUACUUUAACCUUACCUGAUCCAAGUACUUUACGCAAAAUUAGUGCUAAGUUGCACACGACACCACAACAUGAGCAAUGUGAUUCUAUGUUCUUAAUGUAUGCAAAGCAAAUGAUUUCAUCUCUGCAAGAAGAGCAACGAUAUGUUUCUCUGAUGCUUGAUGAAAUCCACAUUCAACCCUACCUUGAUUACAAAGGUGGGAAUAUG